UUGCAUCAACUAUCAACCACCACCUUUUGGGCAGUCCACUCCCCCUCUUCUUAGUCACCGUCAAUUCCAAGGAGAAAAUGUCGACAGGUGAUGGAAGUGAUCAAGGCAAGGUCAAAUCAAGGCGUUUUGGGUGCAACAAGGAUAAUUUCUUUCCAGGAGAAUCAUUUCAAAGCUGGGGUAAUUAUGGAAGGGCAUUACGUGACACAAAAUCGCGGCUUAGAAAUCGCCUCCUGACACGUUCUAGUGAUGAAUUAGAGCUACAUGAAAUGCGUGGUAGGAGUCAGAAUGAGAUGACAAAAACGUUGAACUGGUUUGAUAUCAUCUGGUUUGGUGUUGGGUCUGUUCUGGGAGCCGGAGUUUUUGUCUUGACUGGACAAGCUGCGAGGGACCAUGCUGGACCUGCUGUCAUAAUAUCAUACCUCAUUUCAGGUUUAUCUGCUCUGCUUUCUGUUCUCUGUUAUACAGAAUUUUCUGUGGAACUUCCUGUUGCUGGAGGCUCAUUUGCAUAUUUGAGAGUCGAGCUUGGUGAUUUUAUUGCGUAUGUUGCUGCCGGAAAUAUUCUUUUUGAGUAUAUCGUAAGUGGAGCAAGUGUGGCACGCUCAUGGACUUCAUAUUUUGCAACAUUGUGUAACCACAAACCUGAUGAUUUCCGCAUACAUGCUUCAGUUUUAGCGGACGGGUUCAACCAGUUAGAUCCAAUUGCGGUGCUUUUAUCAAUUUCCAUCUGUGUUGGUGCAUCUCUGAGCAUUAAGGGUUCGUCAAGGUUCAACUCGCUUGUGACUAUAGUCAAUAUUUCUGUCAUGGUAUUUAUCCUUAUAGCCGGCUUAACUAAAGCGGAUGCAACUAACUUUCAACCUUUUGCACCAUUUGGCAUUGAUGGUGUUUUGAGAGCUUCUGCUAUACUUUUCUUUGCAUAUGUGGGAUUUGACGGUGUUUCAACAUUGGGUGAGGAGAUCAAGAAUCCGGGGAGAGACAUACCUAUUGGCCUCAUUGGUUCGAUGAUUAUUAUUAUAACAACUUAUUGCCUUCUCGCAGCAGCAUUGUGCCUUAUGCAGCCAUACACUCAGGUUGAUGUUGAUGCACCAUUCACAAUCGCAUUUACAGCCGUUAAAAUGAAUUGGGCGAAAUAUGUAGUAGCCAUUGGUGCAUUAGAAGGAAUGACAACAGUGCUGCUUUCAAACAUCAUCGGUCAAGCCCGAUAUGUUACUCACAUAGCACGAACCCACAUGGCUCCCCCGUUUCUCGCUGCAAUAAAUGAGAAAACCAAAACACCGGUAAACGCCACUGUUAUAAUGACCAUUGCAAACUGCAUUGUUGCAUUUUUUACUAGCCUCGAUAUCUUGGCAAACCUUCUCUCAAUCUCCACACUGUUUAUAUUCUCACUAGUUUCCAUUGCGCUAUUAGUUAGAAGAUACUAUGUUUCCGGAGAGACUACCAAUGCAGACAGAAACAAGCUUAUAGGAUUCUUGACUAUGAUCAUAGUUUCUUCUCUAGGCUUAGCUCUUGUCUGGGUAUUUAGCAAGAAUAAAGUGGGAUAUAUCGUGUGUGUAGCUCUGUGGAUUAUUGCUACCCUUGGACUAAAGCUAACUGUUAAAGAAGCAAAGAAACCGAAAUUGUGGGGUGUUCCAUGGAUGCCUUGGUUGCCAUCGGCUAGUGUAGCGACCAACGUCUUCAUUAUGGGUUCAAUUGAUGGAUCGUCCUUUAUCAGAUUCUCAAUCUGGACAGCGGGAUUGUUAGUCUACUACUUGUUUGUAGGAUUGCAUGCUUCAUAUGAUGCAGCGAAUGAAACCAGGGAAAAAUUUGAUGCUGCACAAGCUGAAGCUGCAACCAAACAUCAGAGUUACAAGUAGCAUUGUACUACUUGAAUGCAUUUUGAAGCUGCAACCAAACAUCAGGGAAAAAUUAGGUAUUUUGGUUGCUUGUUAGUUUAAUGUAGGAGUGUUCUCCUCCAAAUUUGAUGGUCUAAACUUGAAUGCAUAAACAUAGAUUUUAUCUGAAUUUUACUUUGAAGCAUAA